UUGAAAUCGUCUGAUCCGAACAAAACAACGCCAGGGGUCUCAUCUGGUACUAGCAGUAUUCAUGACGUACGUUCACAAGUGGGUGAACAAAAAUCCCACCUGCCCCAACAGGACAGUGGACGCCCCUGAAAGUUACAAAACGCUUUAACUCCGUAUUCCCUCUCAAAUGCAGUUCAAAAAACGAAAAGAUAUACUGUAGUAGAGUAGAUCCAGAAAUCUAAAGCGACAGACGUUCCAACAAUGGCAGACAAAGAAGAAGAGAAGGUCCUUAUGUCCAAAAUCGCCAAGAUUUUUGAUGAAUGUCGUCAAUCAAACGCUAUACAUACCCGAAAAUUAAAAGAACUCACUCAAAUCCGUUCAUCUUCUUCUUCUCCUACCAAAUUCUUCUCAGCCUUUUCAAAAACCCUAUUACCUCUAUUUGAUUUCCAAAGAAAAUUAGCUUCCGUGGAAAGGAUUGUUCGAUUUGUUUCUACGUUUGCUGUUCGAAGAGAUGAAAAAAAUGGUAAUAGUAGUGUGUGUGAUGCGUUUCUGGAAGAGUUUAUCCGUUUUCUUCUUAUCGGUGCUUCUGCGGCUAGUAAGACGGCUAGGUUUAGGUCUUGCCAGAUUAUCUCUGAGAUUAUAAUGAGGUUGCCAGAUGACGCAGAAGUAAGCGAUGAACUAUGGGAUGAGGUAAUAGAUUGUAUGAUGACAAGAGUCCAGGAUAAGGUCCCGCAAGUACGUACGUUUGCUGUUCGAGCACUUGCACGUUUUGCUAAUGAUGCUGAGAACAGUGACAUCAUUGAUACAUUUCUUCUAGCUUUACCUCUUGAACAGAAUGCUGAGGUUCGCAAGAAUAUUAUUCUAUCUUUGCCUCCUACCAAUGCAACAGCAGCGACAAUCAUUGAUUGCACACUUGAUGUGAGUGAGUCAGUGCGUAAAGCGGCAUAUUGUGUUCUAGCAAACAAAUUUCCCCUUCAAAACCUUAGCAUCAAGCUUAGGACCGUUAUUCUACAGAGGGGUUUAGCUGACAGAUCCUUGGCAGUUACCAAGGAGUGUUUGAAGUUAAUGAAAGAUGAGUGGCUUGUUAAGUGCUGCAGUGGAGAUCCUACUGUGCUUCUCAAGUUUCUUGAUGUGGAAACGUAUGAGUCAGUUGGUGAAGCUGUGAUGAGGACUCUCUUAAAAGAUGGAAUGGUGAACGUGCACGGUCAAACUAUGCAACAGUUUUUGGUAUCAAGCAGCGAAUCUCAUGAAGCGAAAUGCAUUAAACUUAUGGAAGCUGAGGUUGCUCUGUUUUGGAGAACUCUGUGCAAGCACUUUCAGACAGAAGCACAAGCUAAAGGCUCUGAUGCUGCCACAACAACAGGAACUGAAGCAACAGUAUAUGCCGCAGAAGCGUCCGAUAAUAAUGACCUCCUAGAGAGAGUCCUUCCUGCAACAGUAUCGGACUAUGUAGAGUUGGUGAAAGCGCAUCUUGCUGCUGGAUCAAAUUACCGGUUCACAUGCCGACAGCUACUAUUGCUUGGUGUAAUGCUAGACUUCUCUGAUACUGCGAACAGGAGGGUUGCGAGUGCCUUUGUACAGGAGUUACUGCACAGGCCUCUUGAGCAUGAAGUGGAUGAAGAUGGGGAGAAAGUUAUUAUAGGAGACGGCAUCAAUCAUGGUGGAGAUCGAGAGUGGGCCACUGCUGUAUCAGAGCUGGCAAAAAAAGUUCAUGCCUCUACUGGGGAAUUUGAAGAAGUAGUUUUAGCGGUUGUUGAGGAGCUUGCUCAGCCUUGCAGGGAGAGAACGGCAGACUUCAUGCACUGGAUGCACUGCCUUGCUGUGGUCGGGCUUCUUCUGGAGAAUGUGAAGUCCCUCCGUUGCAUACAAGGUCGAGGAAUGGAGCCAGCUGAAAUUUUGCACUCUUUACUGCUUCCAGGGGCAAAGCAUGUUCACUUGGAUGUGCAGAGGGUAUCACUGAGAUGUCUUGGUCUCUAUGGAUUGCUUGAAAGGAAGCCAAGUGAAGAAUUAGUAAAGCAGUUGAGAAUUUCUUUGGCCAAUUCUCCUUCCCCAGUUAGUAUCAUGGCAAGUAAGGCAUUGGUUGAUCUUGGAAUGUGGCACGGUCCUCAAGAAGUUGAUCUAGUCAUGGGUAGUGAUGUUACAUCACGAGCUGAGGACGAUAAGAAAAGCUUUUCUGCUGUUAACUUAUCUGACACAAAUGAGACUUCGAGUGCUGAGUUGCUUGACCUCUUAUUUGCUGUAAUUGCCAGAGAUCUUUCUGGUGAUCCCAGUGAAACUUAUGACUGUGAGUCAAUUCAAGCUAUUUUGGGUGAAGGGUUUGCUAAAAUUCUACUUCUCAGUGAAAAUUACCCUAGCAUCCCUGCUUCAUUACACCAUGAGCUCUUGGCCAAACUUAUCAAACUGUAUUUUAGUGACGAAGCAGAAGAGUUGCAAAGGUUAAAACAAUGCUUGUCUGUCUUCUUCGAGCAUUAUCCGGCACUCACAGUUGUUCACAAGAGGUGCAUAUCCAAGGCUUUUAUUCCAGUCAUCCGCUCGAUGUGGCCAGCCAUUUAUGGAAAUGCUGGGGGAUCUUCGUUUGUGGUAUCUAAUCUUCGUAAACGAGCAACCCAAGCUUCUCGUUUCAUGCUGCAGAUGAUGCAGGUUCCAUUAUAUUUGAAAGAAACUGAAACAGAGGAAGAAAGUGCAAGAAAGAACUUGUCAGAAAAUACUGAUAAUGACUUUGAGAAUGGGGAGGAAGGGCUUGCAAUUCGAAUUGGUGCCGAGGUGGCAAGCUUCCCAAAGAAGAAGACCGCUGCUGAGAAAGCAUACAUAGCUCGAUUGUGCAAAAUAGCUGUCUUAUUACAUUUUCGAAUAUCAGAGCAAGGUGCUAUUAAAUGCAUGAGAGGACUUUUAAAACACAUGGCUGCUGCGGUACCUACAGAAAAGGAACUUGUGAAGGAGUUGAAUAAAAUGGCUGCACACCUGAAAGAUCUCGACAAAGAACCUGACAAAGAAUUGUCACAAGACCAAGCUAAUUAUAUUAAGGGACGGCUACAACUGGAUGCAGAAAUUGGUGUUGAUGAUUCAAUGGCUGAACUGGCCACACCAGCACCGCGUUCGUCAAGACCCUCAAGGCCUGCCACAUCAAGGAGACAAGUAAGGCGCAACAAGGAGUCAUCGGAUGAAGAAGACGAAACUUCUCCUAUUUCUAUUGCGCAACCCCCUCCUAGUGCAGUUAGCAGUCGAUCCCAGAGAGCGAGCAAGACUGCUGCAUUGAGUAAGAUGUCGAUGAAAACUGCACCUAUCAUUGCCGAGGAAGAUGAGGAAGAUGUUGAUGAAAAUGUGUCUGAUGUUACAACAGAAGAUGAUGAUUCAGAUGAUGAUGAUUUUUAAAGGUAGGCUGGGUUUCCCUUUUGUAAUCAAUCGUUUUUGUUGUAAUCAUCAACUUUGUUUUUGUUGGGUGUACGGGAUUGCCUGCUGAUGUAAAUAUUUUAUCUUGCACUCCUUUGAUAAAUCAACGGUUGUCAUGGCCUUUGAUAAAUCAACAAUUAACGUAUUUGAACCUU